CAUCUUUUUAGCCCAAUCUUCCUUUCGCUCCCUCUCUAUAAAUCUCUCUUAAUCUCGCACGUUUUGUCGAUUCUCCAACGAGCGAGGGUUUUUCUAGGGUUUCCAAACACACCUUACCCUCUCUAUCCGAUUGCGAUUUUGUUUUCUUUGCCUCAAAGAGCCACGUUUUGUGUUCGACUCUUUCUCUUUGGUACCGUUAAUCCAGGGUUCCAAUUUUGAAAAAAAGUUACUCUAGGGUUUAUUAAUUCGUUUGGCCUCUUUACGUUUGGUGUUCCAUCCGGGGUUUAGAGGGUAUAUUAGGUUAUUGAUUUCAUUCUUUCCGCUUGUGUUUGUUUCGUGGCAUUCGUUUUGAAUGUUGUCGAUCUGGAUCAAUUGCUGAAUUCAUCUUAACGUCGCUUGCGGUUAAUACGUGAAUGGUUAGAUUUAUCUUGCAAUCAAUUUUGAAACCCGAUUCGUAGAUUCCAUGUUAAUUGGUUAGAUAUCUGAUAUAACCUACAUCUAUCUAUAUAAGCUUUUGACAAUUCUGAAUCGGAAACAUUUGAGUUUGUUUGAUACAUUCAUACUUCACAAGAUUUUUACCUGGCAUCUCUAUCUGUAUAUAUGAGUUUUGAAUAAGUUUGCAAGUUAUGGGUAUUUAUGAACACCGGGAGUUGAUGCUUUCAGCUCUUGGGGAUUGAGUUUUAUGGCACCUACUUUUCCUGUAGAGUUUGCUGGACAAAGAGUUUCAAAGAAGUUAUCAUCACAAAACAAUUUCACUCAAAUGAUGGGUAAAACAAGGAAAGUUUCUAAAGGCUACUCACAUGGGUUUGUUCCAGACUACCGCCAUGCAGUUGACACCAUGGCCAACUCUGAAGGAUUUGGUAGCUCAGGGCGUCUUGACACUGAAAUGACCGCUUCAGAAGAUUCUUGUGCGCCAAACAGGAAGUCUCUUAACUUGAAUCCCGAUUCUUCCCAACACUUUGGUGUUCCAAUUCAAGUGUUGUCUUUAUCAAAGCUGUCAAGUGUUGAGAGGAAAGAAUUAGGAUUGAGAUUGAAACAUGAGCUUGAACAAGUUAGAACAUUACAGAAAAACAUUGGAAUGGUGAGCUCAAACUCAAAUGUAGGGGUUUUGUCACCAUCUGAUGUUCAUAGUUGUAGUGCUGGACAAAGGAGACCCAUUCCUGAAUAUUCUAGAUCUAUGUCCCUACCGAUGCCCAAGAGAAAAGGUCCACCUGGCCGGAGUGGUGGGUCCCGGUCAAAGAAGAGCGGGUCAGCCCGUGUGGAAUCUACAAAGAAGGCAUUACCUCCAACUUCUGGGACUGGGAAUGCCAUGUUGAUGAAGCAAUGUGAGGCACUAUUGACUCGGUUGAUGGGGCAUAAUUUUGGUUGGGUGUUUAAUACUCCUGUUGAUGUAGUAGCUCUAAAGAUUCCAGACUAUUACACUGUUAUUCAGCAUCCAAUGGAUUUGGGGACAGUGAAAACAAAGUUAAUGUCAGGAAGAUAUAUGGAUCCAUGGGCUUUUGCAGGUGAUGUUAGACUGACCUUUUCAAAUGCAAUGACAUACAAUCCACGCGGGAAUGAUGUGCAUAUAAUGGCUGAAACAUUGAGCAAGUACUUUGAAGUCAGAUGGAAACCAAUCGAGAAGAAGCUGUCAGUUGCCACAGAGGCAGUGGUUCCUAUGAGACAGAAUGUUGUAGAAACUGAAACGGAACCUCCUAUUUCCAUGCCCCCCUACAAGAAAAAGAAGACAACAUCUUUUGGUAAUGAAACAAAGCAAGAAGCUGUUAAGAGGACAAUGUCAGAUGCUGAAAAGCGUAAACUUAGCCUUGAAUUGGAGUCUUCAAUAACGGAUUUACCCGAAAGAAUUAUUGAUUUCCUUAAAGAGAACAGUUCACAUGGGAAUGCCACAGUGGAGGAUGAAAUUGAGAUUGAUAUUUAUACCCUUAGUGAUGAUACUCUAUUCAAAUUGAGGAAGCUUUUGGAUGAUCAUUUCGUGGAGAAACAGAAAAACAUGGUUAAAGAUGAAACUUGUGAUAUUGAGCUUCACAAUGAGUCAGGGUUCAGCAACUCAUCUAUGCAAGCAUGCAAAGUAGAGAUAGAGAGAGACACAGCUGUGAGGAACAGCAAAAGCAGUAGUUCAAGUAGCUCCAGUAGUGGUUCCGGAUCAGCAUCUAGUGAAUCAGAUUCAGGGAGUUCUUCAGGCAGUGAAUCAGAUGAUGCAAAGGCUCCAACCAUUGUCAACAAUGCUAAGGACACAAUGACAAUGGGCAGUGAAGUUAAUAAUACGGAGCAAAUACCUGUUCCUGAUGAUGCAAAAGAUUGUGUAAAUGGGGAGCAAAAGUGUGAUGCGGGUGAAAGUGAAGGGCGUCAAGAGGGGGAGAGUGAUGCUCCUGCUCCUGCUCCUGCUCCAUCAGAGAAAGAGAGAGAGAGGCAAGUCUCUCCUGAUAAGCUUUACCGUGCAGCCCUAUUGAGAAGCCGUUUUGCUGACACCAUACUCAAAGCCCAAGAAAAAACCACCGGAAAGGUUGAGGAGCAGGAUAGGGAAAGGUUGAGGCUUGAGAAGGAGGAAGUAGAAAAGAGAAGAAAACAAGAAAAAGCUCGAUUGGAAGCAGAAGCAAAGGCUGCAGAGGAGGCGCGGAGAAAUGCUGAAUUAGAAGCUGCAGCUGAAGCCAAAAGGAAGAGGGAACUUGAAAGGGAAGCCGCACGUCAGGCCAUACAGAAGAUGGAAAAGAUGGUUGAUAUAAAUGACAAUUCUGGGUUUCUGGAUGAUUUGGAAAUGCUAAGCGUAGCACCUGCACAGCCUUUAGAAAGCUUGAUAGACGAAACUAGUGCAGAUUGUGGUCUUGGUCUGGUGGACCCGAGCCCUCUUCCUUUAGGUUUAGGUUUAGGAGGAGGAGGGACUGGCAGUGCCUUCAACUUUGAUGGAAAACGUAAUCCAUUAGAGCAGCUUGGUUUAUACAUGAAAGAUGAUGAUGAAGAUGAAGAGGAAGAUGAACCUGCUCCACCUACACAAGUAGAUGAUCCAGAGGAAGGAGAGAUCGACUGACUCACUCAACACUUUCUUCAUACAGCCAGAGGAUAAGAUAGAUUUUUUUUCAAAGUCAAAGUCAAAGAGGAUGGAUGUGAGUUUUUAUUUUUGCCAUGGAAACAAGCAAGUGCAUAUAUAUAAUGAUAACGGAUUGGAGAUGGAAUGGAAACCACUGACUGUAUUCCUUUCCUUUUGGCGUUGGUUUAUUGUGUAUCGACGGAAUUCUUUCUUUGUAGCAACUACUGAGCCCGAGAGGGUAUGUUCACUUGCAACAAAUGCAAUUUUUUUUUUUUUUUU